CUUAAAAUAAUUGUAUGGUCAAGCGUACGGUAAACAUGAGAAAAUGAGAACUAGGAAGGCAGAUUGAAUACUGAAAAGCCAGAUGCAACCAAACCAAUUCACCACGCUUUCAACCGCUAGGGAGGGAGGCGCGCGUGUGAAUCAUGCGCAUAACGUCCCGGGUGAGUGCGAGUCUCAAUUUUUCCUUCGCACGCACCUGCUCAGGCGGGUUUUUCACGUCCAGCAUUUCCGCGGGCGGAGGCGGAGGCGACUUCGGGACCCUGACGAGCGCGGCCGCCCGCGCGCCCACCUCCGGCAGCGAAGGGCAGCUGUGGGCCAGAGGCCGGACCACCGAUCCCAGGGGCCCCCGCGGCGCCGCGCACGCGCGCUGGCGUGGCGGCAGCGCCGCCGCAGGACGCAGGGAAGCCGACUGGCGAGCGGCGACGGCAGCAGCAAGGGCGGCGGUGGCAGUCUGCGGCCAGGGCGACGGGCUCCGGUGCCGAGUGGCUGGCUCUCCAGCGGGAACCUCGGUGGCCCUCCUCCUCAGGUGCCCGUUGAUGGUGAAGCUAGAUAUCCAUACGCUGGCCCAUCACCUCAAACAGGAACGGUUAUAUGUAAACUCUGAGAAACAGCUUAUUCAGAGGCUGAAUGCAGACGUACUUAAAACAGCUGAAAAGCUGUAUCGUACAGCAUGGAUUGCAAAACAACAGAGAAUUAAUUUGGAUCGGCUUAUUAUAACCAGUGCUGAAGCCUCCCCUGCUGAAUGUUGCCAGCAUGCCAAGAUUUUGGAAGAUACACAGUUUGUUGAUGGAUACAAGCAAUUGGGAUUUCAGGAGACAGCUUAUGGAGAGUUCUUAAGUCGAUUAAGGGAAAAUCCACGUCUUAUUGCCUCCUCUUUGGUUGCUGGAGAAAAACUUAAUCAGGAGAACACACAAAGUGUUAUUUACACAGUUUUUACCUCCCUUUAUGGCAACUGCAUUAUGCAAGAAGAUGAAAGCUACCUCCUUCAGGUUUUGCGAUACUUGAUUGAAUUUGAACUUAAAGAAAGUGACAAUCCCAGGCGACUUUUGAGGAGAGGAACUUGUGCCUUCAGCAUCUUAUUUAAACUUUUUUCUGAAGGACUCUUUUCUGCCAAACUUUUCCUCACAGCUACUUUACACGAGCCAAUCAUGCAGCUGCUUGUUGAAGAUGAGGAUCACCUGGAAACAGAUCCAAACAAGCUAAUUGAGAGAUUCUCCCCAUCUCAACAGGAAAAACUCUUUGGAGAGAAAGGCUCAGAUAGAUUCAAGCAAAAAGUUCAAGAGAUGGUGGAUUCCAAUGAGGCCAAAUUGGUGGCUUUGGUGAACAAAUUUAUUGGUUAUCUGAAACAGAACACCUACUGUUUUCCUCAUAGUCUGAGGUGGAUUGUGUCACAGAUGUACAAAACCCUCUCUUGUGUAGAUAGGUUAGAAGUUGGGGAGGUCAGAGCAAUGUGUACUGAUCUCCUGUUGGCUUGCUUCAUUUGUCCUGCAGUGGUCAAUCCAGAACAGUAUGGAAUAAUUUCUGAUGCACCUAUUAAUGAGGUGGCACGAUUUAACCUAAUGCAGGUAGGCCGUCUUCUGCAGCAGUUGGCAAUGACUGGCUCUGAAGAGGGAGAUCCCCGGACAAAGAGCAGCCUUGGAAAAUUUGACAAGAAUUGUGUUGCUGCUUUCCUUGAUGUUGUGAUUGGGGGCCGUGCAGUGGAGACUCCUCCCAUGUCCUCUGUUAAUCUUCUGGAAGGGCUGAGCAGAACUGUAGUUUAUAUAACCUACAGUCAGCUUAUUAGUUUGGUAAAUUUUAUGAAAAGUGUGAUGUCUGGAGAUCAACUGAGAGAAGACAGAAUGGCUCUUGACAAUUUAUUGGCAAACCUACCCCAGGCUAAGUCGGGAAAGAGCAGCAGCUUAGAAAUGACUCCCUACAAUACUCCUCAGCUGUCUCCAGCAACCACUCCAGCAAAUAAAAAGAAUCGAUUACCUAUAGCAACUCGGAGCAGAAGCCGCACCAAUAUGCUAAUGGAUCUACAUAUAGACCAUGAAGGCUCGUCUCAAGAAACCAUCCAGGAGGUACAGCCAGAAGAGGUGCUGGUCAUUUCUUUAGGGACAGGUCCCCAGCUUACUCCAGGGAUGAUGUCAGAAAAUGAGGUCCUAAACAUGCAGCUUUCCGAUGGAGGACAAGGAGAUGUCCCUGUUGAUGACAACAAGCUCCACGGUAAACCUGAUAAAACCUUGCGCUUUUCCCUCUGCAGUGAUAAUCUGGAAGGCAUAUCUGAAGGUCCUUCAAAUCGCUCCAAUUCAGUGUCCUCUCUAGACCUGGAAGGAGAGUCUGUGUCAGAGCUAGGGGCAGGGCCUUCUGGAAGUAAUGGAGUUGAAGCCCUGCAGCUGUUGGAACAUGAGCAAGCUACAACACAAGAUAAUCUUGAUGAUAAGCUAAGGAAGUUUGAGAUACGUGACAUGAUGGGUCUAACAGAUGAUAGAGACAUAUCAGAAACAGUGAGUGAGACCUGGAGUACAGAUGUCUUGGGAAGUGAUUUUGACCCUAACAUCGAUGAAGAUCGCUUACAAGAAAUUGCAGGUGCAGCAGCAGAGAACAUGCUAGGCAGUUUGCUGUGCCUCCCAGGUUCAGGCUCAGUGCUUCUUGACCCCUGCACUGGUUCUACCAUAUCAGAGACAACAAGUGAAGCUUGGAGUGUAGAGGUAUUACCAAGUGACUCAGAAGCCCCAGACUUAAAGCAGGAAGAGCGUCUACAAGAACUGGAGAGCUGUUCUGGACUGGGCAGUACAUCUGAUGAUACAGAUGUCAGGGAGGUCAGUUCCCGCCCCAGCACACCAGGCCUCAGUGUUGUGUCCGGAAUAAGUGCAACCUCUGAGGAUAUUCCCAAUAAGAUUGAAGACCUGCGAUCUGAGUGCAGCUCUGAUUUUGGGGGUAAAGAUUCUGUCACUAGUCCAGACAUGGAUGAAAUAACCCAUGGCGCCCACCAACUGACCUCUCCUCCUUCCCAAUCAGAAUCUUUGCUUGCCAUGUUUGAUCCACUCUCUUCACAUGAAGGGGCUUCUGCUGUGGUAAGGCCAAAGGUUCACUAUGCCAGGCCAUCACAUCCACCACCAGAUCCUCCAAUCCUGGAAGGAGCAGUGGGAGGAAAUGAAGCCAGGUUGCCCAAUUUUGGUUCCCACAUUUUAACUCCAGCUGAAAUGGAGGCAUUCAGGCAAAGGCAUUCCUACCCUGAGAGACUUGUUCGCAGCAGGAGUUCUGAUAUAGUAUCUUCUGUCCGACGGCCCAUGAGUGACCCCAGCUGGAACCGACGUCCAGGGAAUGAAGAGCGAGAACUCCCUCCAGCCGCAGCCAUUGGUGCUAGUUCUUUGGUGGCUGCACCUCACUCAUCAUCCUCGUCCCCGAGUAAGGACUCCUCAAGAGGAGAGACUGAAGAACGCAAAGAUAGUGAUGAUGAGAAAUCAGACAGGAACAGACCUUGGUGGAGAAAACGUUUUGUUUCAGCCAUGCCUAAAGCUCCUAUACCAUUUAGAAAGAAAGAAAAACAAGAAAAAGACAAAGAUGAUCUGGGGCCUGACAGAUUCUCAGCACUUACAGAUGAGCCCAGCCCUAGGCUCAGUGCACAGGCUCAGGUUGCUGAGGAUAUUCUGGACAAGUACCGGAAUGCCAUUAAACGAACCAGCCCUAGUGAAGGAGCAAUGGCAAACUAUGAAAGUACAGAGGUCAUGGGUGAUGGUGAAAGUGCACAUGAUUCUCCUCGUGAUGAAACACUACAACACAUCUCAGCUGAUGAUCUUCCAGACUCUGCAAGCCAGGCAGCCCACCCUCAGGAUUCAGCCUUCUCUUAUCGAGAUGCAAAAAAGAAACUGAGGCUUGCUCUUUGCUCUGCGGACUCUGUUGCCUUCCCAGUGUUAACACAUUCAACAAGGAACGGAUUGCCAGACCAUACAGACCCUGAAGACAAUGAAAUUGUGUGCUUCUUAAAAGUUCAGAUAGCUGAAGCAAUUAAUUUACAAGAUAAGAACUUAAUGGCUCAACUUCAGGAAACAAUGCGCUGUGUGUGCCGCUUUGAUAACAGGACUUGUAGGAAACUGCUGGCAUCCAUUGCUGAGGAUUACAGGAAAAGAGCUCCAUAUAUCGCUUACCUCACUCGCUGUCGGCAAGGACUGCAGACCACACAGGCUCACCUGGAAAGGCUCUUGCAGAGGGUUUUGCGGGACAAAGAAGUAGCCAAUAGAUAUUUUACCACUGUGUGUGUGAGAUUACUGCUUGAGAGCAAAGAAAAGAAGAUCAGGGAAUUCAUUCAAGACUUUCAGAAACUCACAGCAGCUGAUGACAAAACUGCUCAGGUAGAAGAUUUUCUACAGUUCCUUUAUGGUGCAAUGGCUCAGGAUGUCAUAUGGCAAAAUGCCAGUGAAGAACAACUUCAGGAUGCUCAGCUGGCCAUUGAACGAAGUGUGAUGAAUCGGAUUUUCAAGCUUGCUUUCUACCCUAAUCAGGAUGGGGACAUACUUCGUGACCAGGUUCUUCAUGAACAUAUCCAGAGAUUGUCUAAAGUAGUGACUGCAAACCACAGAGCUCUUCAGAUACCAGAGGUAUAUCUCCGGGAAGCACCAUGGCCAUCUGCACAGUCAGAAAUCAGGACAAUAAGUGCUUACAAAACCCCCCGGGACAAAGUGCAGUGCGUGCUGAGAAUGUGCUCAACCAUCAUGAACCUCCUGAGCCUGGCCACCGAGGACUCCGUCCCGGGGGCAGAUGACUUUGUGCCUGUACUGGUGUUCGUGCUGAUAAAGGCAAACCCACCCUGUCUGCUAUCCACUGUGCAGUACAUCAGUAGCUUCUAUGCCAGCUGUCUGUCUGGGGAGGAAUCCUACUGGUGGAUGCAGUUUACAGCAGCAGUGGAGUUCAUUAAAACCAUCGAUGACCGGAAGUGACCAAGACCCAGGAUCACCAUGGCGGCAGACUGUUAGGCAAACAGAUCUCUAAGAAAAUGUAGCAGCUGCUUUGAAGGCUGAAGAUUGUUUUUGUAUAAUAUUGUACAGCAUUCAGACAUUUUAAAACAGAUCUUUACUAAACAGAUUAAUGAGCUAACAAGCAGGUUCUCUUUUCUUUGGGCUCUUUUCCUUUCUGAUGUGCAUAUUUUAUUGUCCCUAAGUAGAGAAUAGUACUGCAAAAAAGGGACCACAUUUUUCAGGUAUUUUGAAAUAUUAAAAAACAGAACAGAGUCUCUUAGGAAAUUUCUAGAUCUCCAUUCAUGGAUACCCCAUUUUAAAAAAGAAUAGUACACCUCUUUUAAGAUGCUGUCUUCUGUGCAUCUACUGGAAGGAAAAUAGCAACUGCACUGAGGAUUGAAAUCGUGGUGCAUUUAUGGCAUUUCCUGUCAAUAACACUCGCCUGUGUCAAAGAGCUGAGAAGGAGAUGUAAAUAUAAUCUAUAUUUAUAUUUGAUGUAAUAUGGACAUCUUCAGAUUCUAAUAAACAAGGAGUAUUGCUGAUAGUAGGUUGUGACAUACCCUCUUGUGAAAUGGUUUCCUUGACAAAAUUUAAGCUGAGCUUAAAAGCAGAAAACACACAGAAAUAUUUAUUAAAGUAUAAUACAGUUUAUUAAACUCUCUAGGUAUAGAGUUUAAUGAGGAGUGUGAAAACUCCUGAAGAAGUCACAUGGGCAUGUCUCGCCAUGCAAGUUUGUGAUGCUGCACAUAGGAGACAGACUUUAACCUACCACAGGCCACACAGGAAGGAACAGUGCACAUCUAACCUUAUUGUGGCACUUCUCAUCUGAAAUACUAAGUAUGCUGUAGAAACCCAGACAGAGCUCCUUACAAACCUUUAAUUGUAAUAUAUUUUUAAUGAUUAUUCACAUUGAAUGCGCAGACCAGGAAUUCAGUGAAUGUCAUUUUUUAAAAAACUAAUUUGUAUUGUCUGCUCUAGUCUUACAAGUUUUACUAGUGAUAAACUAUUUUAAUCAACCAUACUAUUCUUAUGGAAAAAAAGUCUAUUUUGGCAGGUUUCUGUGCCUUUAUUUCCCUCUUCUGAAAAAAAUGUAUGUGUUUCACUAUUGGUUUGCGUUACACACAAACGCUUCACCAGGACUGGGCUUUGGUGGUGUAGGACUGGCCCGGGAGGCGCACCAGAGCUUCAAGGACAGUCUUGCACAUAGGCUUUUGCCAACCACUUUCGCUUUGUGUUUCCUAAACAUGUCUAGCUUCUUUUAUAACAAAUGCUGUGGUCCCAUACUUUGAGCCCCUGUUGCUGGCAGCAUUUCAAGGCAUUUUUUAAGGAACCUGUGUCAACCCGCCUUGAGCAGCUGGAUACAGAGGCUGGCUGCACCGCUCUGUGAGAUCUCUGUCUCAGUGCCAAAAGAAGCUGGGUUUUCUUCAUGUCUCCACCUCUUCUUGUUUAUUUUAAAAUACCAAAACAGUAAUUUGCAUAGGAGUGUGGAAUGUGGUUUCUGCCUUCUAGGAAGAGAUCAAAAUUAAACUAGUGCUACAAAAUGUCCUUUUAAAUGUCAGGUCAAGAAAUCCAUGUACAGAGUUAGGAGUUUCGUGGGCUGUUGCCAUCAACCCUUCCUGGGUAUUAGAAGUCACAUCCCGUUGUAAGUACGCAUAAGCUGUGUGACAUGACUUCUAAGACCUAGGUAGGAGUCCCUUUACUUCAGCAUUUGAUUCAAUAAAUGUUAAGUCAACAGAAGUCUUUAAAUACUUGGAAUUCAUUGUUACGGGAUUUAACUUGUAAAUCAAUGAGAUUUCUUUUUCUUUGCAAU